AUGAACUUAUCCUCUCGGUUGAUCUCUCAAUCAUCACGCAUAAUAUCUAGAGCUUUCUCAGAGGCCUCAAGAGGUGAUACAGGUGUACUGGAUGGAUUUCACAUAACACCUUUGGGCGAUAGUGAUAUGAGCCAAAGAAGCAGGGUAUCUAUGCUAUCAAGUGAAAUGUUGGAGUCAAAACAAAUUGGCGUUAGAGGUCUUUCCUGUUAUGGUUUUCGAAUGAUUGAUGGCCAAUUCUUAUACGGUCCAGUUGCUCUGUUCCCCAAAACAGUUUUAUCAUGGAGAGUUCCAACGCAUAAUGAUAUAACUCCGGAUUCUUUGUCGCUUUUCGUAGCAUUAGAACCUAAAAUUGACAUCUUGGUUCUGGGAGUUGGAGAUAAGAAGAACAUUGACAAAGUUCGUCAAAGAGUUCACCCAUUUCUGAAAGAGCAUAAAAUAGGUUUGGAGAUAAUGGACACGGAAGAUGCCAUUGCCACCUUCAACUUCCUGAAUGCAGAAAGCAGGUACGUCGCAGCUGGCUUAUAUCCACCUGACGAGAUGGUUAUCACAAAUGAGGAGUACGGAAGAGCUUUGAAUUUACUGAAAGGAUGGGAUGAAGUCGACGAGAAUCCUCUCCUCAUGGGUAUUAACGAUUCUCUGGAUUAUGAAGAAAACUUGAUGAAAAAAUUAUGGAGUGGAGCACCAUACGAAUCGUUCAGUACUCGUUAUUUAGAGAAACCGUCAAAUGACAAAAAAGCAUUACCUUCAGAUAAUGACGACGUACGGCGAAUAAAAUAA